AUGAACGACAGCAUGAUGAAGGGUCCUUCGGAGGCGAUCGACUCUCCCAACAGCAUCGAGCUGGCAAACCAGACUGCCGUGGGUGAAAAGCAUGGCACGCAAAGUGAUGAGAGCGAUAUGGACCGCAUGGGCAAGCUGCAGGAGUUGAGGCGGCAAUUCAAGUUCUUGACCAUCUUCGGCUUUGCUGUACUCCUUGGCAGUACAUGGGAAUACGCAUUGAUUGGUAUCGGAAUCUCACUCUACAAUGGAGGAGCUGCCGGUGGUAUCUGGUUACUUGUCGUUGUCUGCUUCGGCAUGUUCUUCGUCACGCUUUCAUUGGCAGAGAUGGUGUCCAUCUACAUCACCGGAUGGCUGUGUGUCAUCGCAUGGCAAACAGGUAUGGCUGGUACGGCCUUUGCGGUCGCCGAUCAGUUCACAGCUCUGAUCGUGCUGAACAAGCCGUCCUAUGUUAUCCAAGGCUGGCAUAGUACCCUUCUGUCCAUCGCCAUCACCACGUUCUCGAUCCUGUGCAACACUGUUCUCGUCAGGAAACUUCCCCUGUUGGAAGGCUUCGGACUCGUCCUCCAUGUGUUCGGAUUCUUCGCCUUCGUCGUCGUACUCUGGGUUAUGGGCGAGCGCUCGGAUGUCACAACCACAUGGACCCAUUUCGAAGACCCCAGUGGCUGGGGUAAUACAGGUCUCGCGACUCUCGUCGGUAUUCUUGGUCCCAUCCUUACUCUUGGAGACCCUGACUUGGCCGUCCAUCUCGCUGAGGAGGUCAAGGAUGCUGCGUGGGUCAGUCCUCGAGCCAUGGUCUCCACGGCUGUUGUGAACUACUCAUUGGCUUUCAUCAUGACCGUCACUGUCUUCUCCACUCUCGGCAACGACCUCGACACGCUUCUCGCCACCCCGCUUGGCCAGCCAUGGAUCCAGAUCUUGUUGAAUGCGACGGGAUCUAUUGUGGCCACCAACAUCCUGGUGGUACUCAUCUGCUCAUUGCUCAUGUUCAGCUCGGUCAACCAGGUGACAGCUUCAUCCCGUCAACUCUGGUCCUUCGCCCGUGAUCAAGGUCUCCCAUUCUCCAACUGGUUCGCUUACGUACCACCAGGCUGGGACAUCCCCGUCAAUUCCGUCAUCGCAACCCUCGUAGGAACCGCGCUCCUGAGUUUGAUCAACAUCGGCUCGGCCAUCGCCUUCAACAUCGUCAUCGCUCUCGGAGGUCUUGGUAUCUUCACUGCCAACAUCAUCGUCAUCGGCUGCAUGAUCAGGAAGCGAGUCCUCGGAGAACCACUCCUUCCGUCCAAAUUCGACCUUGGCAAGGCGGGCCUUUACAUCAACAUCAUUGCUAUUACAUACCUCUCUCUGGCUAUCGUGUUGAUUUGCUUCCCCGAGGUCCCAAACCCGUCUUUGGCAGAUAUGAACUGGUCCAUAGUCAUGUUCGCGGUACUUGUCGUCUUUGCCAUGGGUUACUACUACGUAAUCGGGAAGGACAAGUACGAUGGACCUGUCGAGUACGUCAAGCGUCAAUGA